GACAACCAAGUAACUAACUGUAGUGCUAUUGUACUAUUGUAGUAAUGUAGUAAUAGUGUAUUACUAGGAAAGCAAUCCGAAAUCUGAAUACUCUGAAACACUACCGUCCAUCCCUCCAGCAUUUUUACUUCGUAAGUUGUGUUUUUGUGUUUUAUUUCACAUUUUAGUUCUUAAGUUAGUAAACGAACUUUGUCAUUGGCGAGAACCAUUUGGCUUCGUGUUUUUGUCGCUGAGUGUAUUAUCAACAGUGAUAUUAAUUAUUAGAAAUAGUAGAACCUUAGUGGUGACUUUGAAACACAACGAGUAAGUCCGAUGACAAUGAGCGAAUCAAAUAAAUGCUAUAACACAUCAGCUCCAAAGCAGCCGUAUAGGCCAGUAGUCAUUGUACACGGCCUGAUGACUGGUGAUGUCAGUACAAUGCAACAUCUGGCUGCUCGUAUAGCUGAAUUACAUCCAGGGACCAAAACAUAUGUCAUAGACAGAUUCUGUGGUUUGGCUAGCUUGGAACCAUUGUGGAGACAGACAAAGAAGUUAGCUGAUGACCUAUUAAGAAUAUGUUCGUUGCAUCCAGAAGGUGUUCAUGUUAUAGGAUACUCACAAGGUGGACUCAUAGCGAGGGGCAUGAUAGAAAACUAUGGUAAUGAGCACAAUGUCAGGACAUUUGUAUCGCUUAGCUCACCCCAAGGAGGACAAUAUGGUGCUGAGUGUUUCACAAAAAUGUUUCCUGCACUGACAGCACGCACAGCAUAUGAGUUGUUCUACACACGGUUGGGUCAACGAGCUUUGUCUGUAGCUAAUUAUUGGUAUGAUCCCAGGCAUAGGGACCUAUACCUUAAAUACAGUGCGUAUCUUGCAGUAAUUGAUAAUGUUAAACAACAAAAUUCAAGUGAUUUUAAUUUAAAACAAAAUACUAAUAAUGAUAAUGAUUUGAGAACAAUGAUGGUGAAUAUAUCUACUGCAGAAACUAGUGACAUUACAAAUGUAGCAGAGACUUAUGAUGACUCAUCACAAAUGAUUGAAGCACGUGUUACUAGAGCUAUAGCAGCAGUCUGCGCCGCCACUGCCGAAAUUGCUAAAAGGCAUAAUGACGACAACAGUGAUGCUAACAGUGUUCAGUUAUCAUCAGUCAAGGUAACAUCUGUUGAUGUUGAUACAGUUAUGGCUAUAGACUCAGCCUAUGACAACGACUAUGCAGAAUAUAGUAUCAACUCUAACCCUAACAUCAAGAAACUGGGCCUGACUCGACUGCAGCGUCUGGUAUUAAUUGGUGGGCCUGACGAUGGGGUUAUUUCACCAUGGCAAUCAAGUCAAUUUGCUGUACUGGAUAGUUCUGGUAAACUGGUACCAAUGCGAGAGCGGCGACAAGAUGAUAUAUAUAGUGAUAAUGACCCAAUUGGAUUACAUCAGCUAGAUAUGACGGAUCGGUUGGUAGAGUAUACUGUGCCAGGAGUUAAUCAUCACGAGUGGCACCACAAUGAAAAGGUACUUCGAGAGUGCAUAAUUGGAUGGUUAGACUAGAAACAACCCAGUCUAUAGUGAUGCUGUAGUAGGUUGUAAUAGAAGUGGUAUGUUGUAUAAAAGGAGAAAGAGGACUUCCAAGACAAAACACGUCUAUAAAUAUUAUAUCAUCUAUUAAAUGCUAUUUUAAUAAUAUUGUUGAAACUAUGUAUUUAUAUUUUCUGUAACUUUUAAUAACUGAUUAUUUUAUAUUUUAAGAUAUUUUUAAUUUGUCAUACUACAUAUUAAGAUCAUAUGGACUGAAUAAUAGAAAUAAAUGACAUUCUUAAUAUUAUAAUGAGGAAAUCUAGCUGAUAAGAGCACUAGUUGUUAUCCUAUUAUAUCCUCUAAUUCUUCUAUAGCAAUUAUUGGACUACAAUACAAACCAAUAAAGUAUAAUGUAUUAUAUAAUAUAUUACUAUAUAUUAAGUGUACAAAAUAAAGAAAAUCAUUGUUUAAGU